UGCAGUCGAUGCUGGAAGAGUGGAGAGAGAUAGAGAGCAAUGGCAGGGCUCUAAAUGUAGGGUUUGUGGUGCGUAUCUUGCAGCAGGUGUUCAGUUUAUUAAAGAUUAUUUUGCAAUUACAAUGAAUGAAAUCCGUGCACAUCAGUCGACUGCAGACACAUACUUACCAGAGCUCACUGAUAUUUUCUUUCUUUUUUGAAACCCGAAGCGAAUAAGAUUUGGGGCUCGUGCAAGUGGAAAUUGUUAACCAAUAAUGGAAUUGUAUUGGAAGAAAAGCCGAGAGCGGUCGUCAGUAGUUUAUCAUCUGUUGCGCGGUGGAAACAGAAACUGCUUUGGGGUGUCAGUGUACAAGCAAUUUCAACGUUUACCAGAAUAACAACGGAGCUCAAAUGUAUGCAUAUUUAGAAAUGUGGAAUACACAAAGUUAUUGAUAUUGUAUUGUCAAAACAAGGGAUUUUCUUUUUUUCCCUUUUUUUGUGGCUCGUUUAAAGGAACAUUAAAAAUAUAUACACUAAACUUCAAACCAGUGACACGGGAAAACAGGUUUAAAACAUCAAAAUUCCGUCUUAAUUGUUGGAUGUCUGUUGUGUUUGUGCUUGCGAAGCUCGCCAUCUGCAGAAACAGCAAUGUGAGACAGUAUAAACAAUGGCUCAACUUUAUUAUAAAAGAAGCAACAACUCUUCAUACAGAGACCGCAUUCCACUUCGGAUAGUGCGAGCCGAAUCGGAGCUGUCGCCGUCAGAGAAAGCCUAUUUAAGUGCUGUGGAGAAGGGGGACUAUGCCACUGUUAAGCUAGCACUGGAGGAAGCCGAAAUUUAUUUCAAAAUCAAUAUUAACUGCAUCGACCCGCUUGGAAGAACAGCUCUUCUCAUUGGCAUUGAAAAUGAGAAUCUUGAAAUCAUUGAGCUCCUCUUAAGUUUUAAUGUGUAUGUUGGGGAUGCUCUUCUUCAUGCUAUCAGGAAGGAGGUCGUUGGGGCCGUGGAGCUACUGCUGAAUCACAAAAAACCCAGUGGAGAAAAGCAGGUGCCACCGAUAUUGCUGGAUAAGCAGUUCUCGGAUUUCACGCCCGACAUCACACCGAUCAUUCUGGCUGCUCACACCAACAACUACGAGAUUAUAAAGCUUCUGGUGCAGAAGGGGGUUUCCGUACCCCAGCCACAUGAAGUGCGCUGUAACUGUGUGGAAUGUGUCUCCAGCACAGAUGUGGACAGCUUGCGACACUCCAGAUCCAGGUUGAACAUCUACAAGGCUUUGUCAAGCCCAUCUUUGGUAGCCCUGUCCAGUGAAGAUCCCUUUCUUACGGCCUUCCAGUUGAGUUGGGAGCUACAGGAGUUAAGCAAAGUGGAGAAUGAGUUCAAAUCGGAGUAUGAGGAACUGUCGCAUCAGUGCAAAGAGUUUGCAAAGGAUCUUUUGGAUCAGACCAGGAGUUCCAGAGAAUUAGAAAUCAUUCUUAAUUACCGGGAUGAUAGCAGUCUGCUAGAAGAGGAGAACAGUAACGAUCUAGCAAGAUUAAAGCUGGCAAUUAGGUACCAUCAGAAAGAGUUUGUUGCUCAGCCAAACUGUCAACAGUUGCUGGCCUCACGCUGGUAUGACGAGUUUCCCGGAUGGAGAAGACGCCAUUGGGCAGGGAAGUUCAUAACAUGUGUAUUUAUAGGACUUAUGUUUCCAGUAUUCUGUGUAUGUUACCUAAUUGUCCCAAAAAGCCCGUUCGGCCUGUUCAUCAGAAAGCCCUUCAUAAAGUUUAUUUGCCACACUGCAUCCUACUUGACUUUCCUGUUUCUGCUGCUUCUGGCAUCACAGCAUAUCGUCACAACUGAUCCAAAAAGACAAGGACCUCCACCAACCAUUGUGGAGUGGAUGAUUCUGCCUUGGGUUUUAGGUUUUAUAUGGGCUGAAAUAAAACAGAUGUGGGAUGGUGGACUUCAAGAUUACAUUCAUGACUGGUGGAAUCUGAUGGAUUUUGUAAUGAAUUCUUUGUACCUAGCUACAAUUUCUCUUAAAAUUGUUGCCUAUUUUAAGUACAGUGGGUCAAGGCCACGAGAGGAAUGGGACAUGUGGCAUCCUACACUUGUGGCUGAAGCGGUUUUUGCCAUUGCAAACAUCUUUAGCUCUUUGCGCUUGAUCUCACUCUUUACUGCAAACUCCCACCUAGGGCCUCUGCAGAUAUCUCUUGGAAGGAUGUUACUGGACAUUCUAAAGUUUAUGUUCAUCUACUGCCUGGUGCUGUUAGCCUUUGCAAAUGGAUUAAAUCAGCUAUACUUUUAUUAUGAGACUAAUGAGCCUGAUACAUGCAAAGGGAUACGGUGUGAAAAGCAAAAUAAUGCAUUCUCCACGUUAUUUGAGACCCUGCAAUCUUUGUUCUGGUCCAUAUUUGGACUGAUCAGUCUGCAUGUGACGAAUGUCAAUGCUCGACAUGAGUUUACAGAAUUUGUGGGGGCCACAAUGUUUGGAACCUACAAUGUCAUCUCUCUUGUGGUCUUACUAAACAUGUUAAUAGCCAUGAUGAACAACUCCUACCAACUUAUUGCUGACCAUUCAGACAUUGAGUGGAAGUUUGCAAGAACAAAGCUUUGGAUGAGCUAUUUUGAAGAAGGUGGUACUCUUCCUACUCCCUUCAAUAUCUUGCCAAGUCCUAAGUCAGUUUGGUACUUGUUCAAAUGGAUUAAGAGACAAUUGUGCAAAAACAAAAAAACUAAAAAGCCAGAAAGUCUUGGAUCAUUAGGGAGACGUGCAGCUAAAAAUCUGAGAAAAAAUCUCCACUACCAGGAGGUUAUGAGAAACUUAGUUAAAAGAUAUGUUGCAGCUAUGAUCAGAGAUGCAAAGACGGAAGAAGGACUGACAGAGGAAAAUUUCAAGGAGUUGAAACAAGACAUAUCAAGUUUCCGUUAUGAAGUUCUUGGGUUACUGAAAGGAAGUAAGACAGGGAUCAAACUUGGCACAGGGGCAUCUAAUCUGGCUAAUGUUGGGGAAUCUUGUAAAUACGAUGCUGCAACCAGUGGAACAACACAGAAGAGUAAGCUCCACCUUUUUGAUGUGACUUCCUUGCUUCAACAAAGGCCUAAAUCCAAUGUGUCUGAAGGGUAUAAUGGCUUAAUCAAUGGAUCUGCACUUUUAGUCUCGGACAAAGGAACACAACAAAAAAGGGAUUUUCCUAAAGACAUGUCAAACUUUGGAUUAUUCCAAAGGCGGCAAAAAAUAAACAGUAUAGACCGGAACACAAAUAAAAUCUACUCCGUUUCUGAGGAGGCAGGUGAAUAUGAGCUGGAUGAAACAACUUGCGACACCAAGGACAUUGAUAUUGCAGUAAUAGAAACUAGCACUGAAUUAGAAAGUGAUUCAAGGAAACCUAUUAAUCAACUGAACACUCAGGACUUUUUGCAUGAACAGUCUUCUGACAGUAUUCCUUGUGCAACUUUGGAAACAGGAGAGGACAGCCUCGCCACUGAAGUUGGAAAAGGUAAUGGCUCUGCAGUCAAGGGGGACUGUGACACAAGAUUGUGACAAUGUUUAUUUACACCGUUUUGCCUAAAUGAGGCAUCCUUUUGUGAACAUCACUUGUAGCAAAUGUGGCCACUACCUAUGAUGCUGGAAGAGGCAUCAGGGCUCAGUUAUCUGCUGAUGCCUCAAACAAUAGUGUGUUUUGUGUUGUGGCAUCUUCUUGACAAGGGAGUUUGGUCAGUUCUCCCAAACGGGCUGGGCAAGUAAAUGGGAUGAUGCAGUUUUGACUACCAUUUUCCUGGCAGGGGUGAACAUUAACAGGCAGAAAAUACCCAGCACACACUUCUGUUGACUUUCUAAAGGAAAGCUAAACGGUUACUUUAUAUAAUCUGGAUUUUCCUAAUAUUCCAUUUUCGUUUCUGUUAACUAUUCUGUUUUGUAUGUUCUGAUGUUUCUCUGUUGCUGUCUCUGCUUCAACUUAGUAUUCCAGAAAACAAAUACCUGUGAAAAUACUUUCCAAGGCUGUGCCUUUCAAACACAUUAUGGAAAAGCAGCAUCGAGUAGUCUUUUCAGAAGCAAUUAUCCUGGAAUAGGCAGUUAGUACACAUGGCAAAUGAUAGUCCACGCAGAAGCAACAAUAAAGACUUCUACAGAAUGCACAACAAAUUCGAUACAAGGACAAUGCAGGUGAUAAGUAUACCUUUAAUAUCACCAGGGUGGGAAACACUAACCUCUUUAUUGUGGCAGGGCAGUAGCAGUGGCGGCGGAAUAGCCAGUGCAGCUGGUGCAAAAGUUUGGGUGAAAUACAUAUUUAACAGUGAUAAUAUCCUUCACAUUUAUAUCUGAAGGCGUUACACCCUUCAUGUUUGUAUCAUUGUAGCUACAUUGUAGCCAGUGAUUAAGAUUGGAUCCUCCCUCAUUUAAACAGGUAUCGUUUUUUCUUAAUCAUUAAAAAAGAAAUUGCUUAAUUAAAAUUAGCUUCCUAACUUUUUUUUUUCUCCUGCAACUGUCUUUGCAUGGAGGCUGGUAAUAGACACUGUUUUAUGUCUUUUGAACUCUGCAACCACUUGGGCUUUAUACACAACAGUUUCCUACUCUCUUCUUGUAAGAUUUUGGGAUACUGUUUUGCAGGGAUAUUCUGUGCACAAUUCAUCCUGUAGUUUAUGAGGAAAGCUGUUAACGGGUGCUACUCGGUACCAAAAUAAAUUAAAGCAAAUUAACGUGUCUAUUUCUGAUUGGAAAACAAACGAUUUUCUAUAUGAGAACAUUUCUGCACAGAAUUCUUCACCCAUGUGUCAGAUUUGUAUUAAUGUCUGCAAUGCCAGAAUCGCAGAAUCCUGGAGGGCCUGGUGCUUAAACUUGUUAGCUUAUGAUUAAAAAUAAUGUAGUUUGUGGAUGUAAAGAUGGAUACAAAAUGCAAUUCAAGUACAAUACAUUCUUAUUACAUGUAAUCAUCUAUUAUUUAGUUCAUGCUAACAUUCUGAGAAUUAAAUAUUGUUAAAUGUUGAACACUUGGUAUGUUUUAUUUUUACAAACAAGUGUUACAUUAAAGUUUGGGGGCUGGGGGAACACAAUAAGGUCCUGCACCAGGGCCAGAAGAAAGGAAAAUGUACAGCUUAUAGUACAGUAUAUGAUUAUUACAUCACCCUUUCAUUUGUAAAGUCCUGAUAAAUAGCAUAUAGAACAGAAGAUAAGUGCAACAUAAAUAUCAUAUGUUUUGUAGCCAGAAACAACCUAUACAAGUUGUUUUGUCUUUAUACUGAACCAUCGUACAGUAUUCUGUUGAAAACAUAAAGAAAUGUCACUUCAAUUUUAUAUUUUUUCUAUGCAAGAAAUAUCCAAGUUCUGUCUGUGUAUAAGAAAAUGUAACAUUCUACUUGUUUUUCCAAUAGCUUCAGAAAAAAUUAUUACAUCAUUCAUACAUACAUAUAUUAUUAUUAUUAUUAUUAUUUAUUUCUUAGCAGACGCCCUUAUCCAGGGCGACUUACAAUCGUAAGCAAAUACAUUUCAAGUGUUACAAUACAAGUAAUACAAACAUAUAGUUUCAUAGUUGGUAAUGCAUAGCUCACUUUUAUAUCAUCCUCUGUAGUUAAUGCAGAAACAAUUACUACUUGAUUAGUUUGAGAACCUUCUACAAUAGAAUUAGUAAUACGAUUAAGCAGUUUUAUGAAAUGAAAUCUUCAAAGAAAAAUAUAUAGACUAUAUAAUUAUAAUCACGUCUUUAAUUAAAAUACAAUUCCAUUUUUUUUUUUUUUAAAUAAUAAUACAUUGCCCUUGCUGUUGCUCAUAGGUAACAGAAAAAGGUGUAUAUAUAUAUAUAUAUAUAUAUAUAUAUAUAUAUAUAUAUAUAGAAUUGUCAUGUAAACCAUUGACAAUUCUGCCCAUUCCACACUGCCCUGUAACACCUUUAAGUCGCCUUGGAUAAAGGCGUCUGCCAAAUAAAUAAAUAAUAAUAUAAGUUACUGCAAUCAUAAAUCUAAGAAUAUAUAUAAAUGUUUAGAAAAAUAGCCUGCAUUUGGAGUGUAUUAAUGUUCAUAAACAAAUUGUAAGUAUUAAAAAAUGACGAUGCACUGUAAACAAUUACAAUGGAUUAUGUAUGCAUUUGUUUCAAAUAUUUAUUUUUAAAUAAAAUGAUGCACUCCAGUUUUAUGGCACACAUGAUUUGUUUUUAU